GCUGCCAUUCGGCACCGGAGUCGUUCCGCGCUCCCAGAAUGCACCGGCAGUCCGCGGGAAACCAAAAUGGCGAAGGGCUGUAGCGAAGUGGGCUGUGUUUGAGACCGGUGUAAGAACGCUCUCUCUACCCUCAGCCCUCGUCCCCAAGGACCUCAGUUUGUGCGUGCGUAUGUGCGGGUUGCCCGGUGGGGCGGGUGCCCAGUAAGUACUUGGACUCGCAGGGGAAGCGCCCACAGAGACGUGAUUGGUUGUUUUUUCCUGUAUGAAGCGGUUGGCACCACUGAAGUGACCGAAUGAGAGACUCUACAGGAGCAGGUAAUUCACUGGUCCACAAGCGGUCUCCUUUACGUCGAAACCAAAAGACCCCUACAUCCUUGACCAAGCUGUCUUUACAGGAUGGACAAAAAGCCAAAAAGCCAGCAUGUAAAUUUGAAGAGGGUCAGGAUGUCCUAGCUAGAUGGUCAGAUGGCUUGUUUUAUCUUGGAACUAUCAAAAAGAUAAACAUAUUGAAACAGAGCUGCUUCAUCAUAUUUGAAGACAGUUCUAAAUCCUGGGUUCUCUGGAAGGACAUUCAAACAGGCAGGUGCUACUAUUUCUCUUGAACAUGAUUUAUACAGAAAUUUAAUUUUCUUCAACUUGUCACAUUCUGGUGUUGUCUACUGAGUAUUAGUUUCAAGGAGAGGU